UCCCUUCCCGUGACCCGUACUGGCUGUAUCUCGAUUUGAGUCCCGCAGUGUAUCAGAAGAUGGCGGAAGCUCCCCCACGGCCCUGCCGGUUUUUCUGUCACAGAUGCUCGGAAGAGAUUAGUCCACGUCUCCCGGAAUACACCUGUCCACGAUGUGAAUCAGGUUUCAUUGAGGAAUUACCUGAGGAGACGAGUGCUGAGAAUGGUUCCUCCGCCUCCACAGCCUCUAGCAGUGAGCAGAAUCGUCCCACGUUUGAGAAUGUGGACCAGCACUUGUUUACGUUUCCACACGGCUAUGGCCAGUUUGCACUGGGCAUCUUCGACGACGGCUUCAGCCUCACGCCAGGCCUGCAACCGCCGGAGGACAACCGCGAUGCCGAGAACCGCCGCGAGAGGGAGAUGGCGUCAAGGCAACGAUACGGCGCCCGGCAACCACGCGGGCGGCACGUUCCUCGAAGACAGGGGUCACGGGGGCACGAGGGUGUGCCCACUCUAGAGGGAAUCAUACAGCAAUUAGUGAAUGGAAUCAUUGCGCCAACUGCUAUGCCUAAUAUGGGCAUGGGACCAUGGGGCAUGCUUCAUUCCAACCCAAUGGACUACGCGUGGGGUGCCAACGGACUAGACGCCAUCAUUACACAAUUAUUAAAUCAGUUUGAGAACACGGGGCCUCCCCCAGCUGACAGGGAGAAGAUCAAGAGCCUCCCCACCAUCCAGAUCACACAGGAACACGUGGGUGCUGGGCUGGAGUGUCCGGUAUGUAAAGAGGACUACAGUGAAGGAGAGAACGUCAGGCAGCUCCCCUGCAAUCACCUCUUCCACAACGACUGCAUAGUACCCUGGCUUGAACAGCAUGACACGUGUCCAGUCUGCAGGAAGAGUCUGAGUGGUCAGAACACAGCCACGGAUCCUCCCGGGUUAUCUGGAAUGAACUUCACCCCUUCAUCCUCCUCCUCUUCUUCCUCCAGCUCCCCCAGCAAUGAGAACGCCACAAACAACUCCUAAAACAGGACAGACAGACACACACAUGCACACACACACACACACACGCACACACACACGCACACACACACACACACACACACACACACACACACACACACACACACACACACACACACACACACACCACAGCACGGCAUUAAUGCAAACACACACACACACCAGCCCUGGUUAUCAGGUUCUGGAGGCCAAUGAUGCUCCACCCCCCCACCUUCAGCCCUCUGGAGGAACAUGGAGGAAAACAAACUGUCAACUCCUCAAACGACUCUUCAUUUUACUCCCUAAAUACACCCCCCCCCCCCCCCAUUUUCCUACCCUUUCCUACUCCCCCUUCCCCCUCCCUCCCAUCCUUCCUUAUACCCUCUUCCCCCUCCCUCACUUCCUUCUUUAUUUCCUCUUUUUCUCCUUCGCCCCCCUAUGGCCGCCAUCUUUUCUUUCUCAAACCACAGAGAAUGUGAAGCUGAAUGCAGUAACUGCACCUCAACCCAACCCAACCCAUCUCCCCACACAUCCCCUCCAGAACUGCAGGGGGCGCUGUGGCCGGGGAGCGAUGCCAAGGGAACCACACAACAUGACACAACACAAAACGGACUGUGCUCUGAGGAGCACUGGGGCUCAAAUCAUUACCGGAGACAAACUUAAGUGUUUUUAGGGGGUUCUGUUUGUGGGGAUGGGAGGGAGGAUGUGAGAGGAGAUGUGAGCAUACAUAGAAUCAUAUUUAUUUAAGAAACAAAAAACUAAAUAAAUAAACAGGUUUUCUGAAGAGCUGUUGGACUCAAGAAUAUAUCUCUAAAGUGGAGCUCGCACACCGAGCAGAUUCAGUUUUUUUGUUUGUUUUGUUUUGUAUUAUCUCUUCAGUAUUUAUUUGCACAAGACGGACAGCGACAAGAAGAACAAGGUGUUAAUGAAAGCAAAGGAAACUGCUAAAGAGAUGUGCGUCUCACAGAUCACUUUGUCAUAAACCUCGUCAUUCUCUGAUUGGUUGAGGCUGUAUGGAUUCAAACCAUUUCCUCUCUCUGAUUGGAUAAAGCUGCCUGGACUCCAGCCAUCUCCUGGGUGAUUGGGCAAGGCCAUAUUCCUGUGUCACGCUGCCAGGCAGAUCUGAUCCAGUUAAGCACUGGUUCUGGUUCAGUUGUGACCACGCUCUCUGGGUUUGCCUAUUUCACACAAUCAGCCAAUCAUCAGAGUGGAAUGAGCUCCUUUGCCAUAGUCUUAACCCUGCCCCUCCUUCCCCCAGGAAGAGACUGAUUGGCCGACUGGACGUUUGGCUCUACACCAGCCAGUCACCACCCUCGAUCUUCAGCCCCCCCUCUCUUCCCACAGGACGCUGAAGGGGGGGGGGGGGGGGGGUGUCUAUGGGUGCCUCUCAUUCGUGUUUUACACAUCCUCCCUUCCUUCCUCUGUCCUCGUCCUCACUGAUCUACAUAAAGAAUGAUGGGGAGGCAACAAUGGGAUAGUCUAUCCAGUGUUAGUUUUCGAUCAGUGGGAACGAGCCUGGAGGACCGAGGAUCGAGGAGAUGUUGAGAGGCACCCGAUGUCUCUCCUGCAGCCAGCAUAGGGGUAUAUUCCAAGUGAUUUGGUGACCAGCUCGGUCACUGGUAAGUGGUAAACCUUUUCCUUAGAAGAGGCCUAUGGCUUCCUUAUCCUAGCAAUAACUAAGCCCAUAGGACUCCUCUGUUAGGAAGGUUUACUAGUUAUCCCGAGUUAACUUAUCGGGGUUAGUCAGUCACUAAACCAUGUGCUUGGCGUGAUGUCCAGUUUGUUCCAGGGUGGAGGGCUACCGGGCUUAAUCCCUCAUUCGCUCAUGCACAUCCAGUGAUUUUGUGUUCUCUCAUCUCCUUUUUUCUUUUUUUUUUUUUUUUUAACUUAUUCAAAGUUAGUGAUUGUUUUGUAAAUCAUA